CAGGGGGAAUUUUUAAAAAUUCUAAAAAUUAAGAGGCUCUUUUGCAAUUUCUCCAGACUUUCAUUUAAAAUUCAGAGUGAAAAAAAUGGAAAAUGAAAAAUACGUCUCCUCGGCGAACUCUCUUGGUCGUAUUAGAAAAUUUCGAGAGCUAGGGUUUUGGUGUUGAUUUGGGGGUUUCAAUUCAAAGAUUUGAACUUUACACUGAAGAUCGAACUUGUACAAGUCCCCUCGAGUUAUCAGAUCAGUCUGACUUGGCCAUGUAUAGUGGAUCCAGUGAUGGCGAGAGCCAUGAGGCUGCCACUCAGAGGAGGAUCCCACCGGCUUCGUCAAUGCUUUGGGUCAGAAAUCUCCGGCGGUACAUUGGUUCCGGUGCUGGCCUUGGAUCGGAAGCCCUGAUGGAGCUUGAGACAAAGAGAAUUUUGCUUGAUAUUUUUAAAGAGAAGCAACAGAAAAGUGCUGAAGCUGGGACAAUACCAAGUUUCUACAAAAAGAAACCUGAAGAAGGAUCCAUCAGUCACAGGGUCCAGAGGCUGGCAAAAUAUCGAUUUCUUAAGAAGCAAUCUGAUCUUUUGCUAAAUGCUGACGAUCUGGAUGCAAUGUGGGUUUGUUUAAGAGAAAAUUGUGUGAUUGAUGAUGUCACUGGUGCGGAAAAGAUGAACUAUGAAGAUUUUUGCCAUAUUGCAUCUGUAUGUACAGAACAGAUUGGCCCUAAAUGUCGACGCUUCUUCAGCCCUUCGAACUUCAUGAAGUUUGAGAAGGAUGAGUCAGGAAGGAUUGCCAUUUUGCCCUUUUAUCUAUAUGUUAUGCGGACGGUUUCACUUACGCAGGCCAGAAUUGAUAUGAGUGAGCUUGAUGAGGAUUCAGAUGGUUUCCUCCAACCUCAUGAAAUGGAGGCCUACAUUCGAGGUCUUAUUCCUAAUCUGGCCCAACUACGGGACAUGCCGGCAGCCUUUGUUCAGAUGUACUGUCGCAUAGCUGCACACAAGUUCUUCUUCUUUUGUGAUCCUAAUAGGCGAGGAAAAGCAUGCAUAAAGCAGGUGCUUCUGAGCAACUGUCUCCAGGAGCUAAUGGAACUGCACCAGGAAAGUGAUGAAGAAGUGACUGAUACUGAACAAGCUGAAAAUUGGUUUUCUUUGACAUCUGCACAGCGUAUAUGUGAUAUGUUUCUUGCCCUUGAUAAAGAUGCAAGUGGAACAUUAAGCAAGCAGGAGCUUAAAGAAUAUGCAGACGGGACACUCACUGAAAUUUUCAUUGAAAGAGUAUUUGAUGAGCAUGUCCGGCGUGGCAAAAGUGGAGGACCAAAUGCUCGAGAGAUGGACUUUGAAAGUUUUCUAGACUUUGUUUUGGCCCUUGAAAACAAAGACACACCUGAAGGGUUAACAUAUUUAUUUCGUUGUCUUGAUCUUCACGGUCGGGGAUACCUCACUACUGCUGAUAUUCAUUCCCUUUUCAGAGACGUACACCAGAAAUGGAUUGAAGGUGGAAACUAUGAACUAUGUAUUGAAGAUGUGAGAGAUGAAAUCUGGGAUAUGGUCAAGCCAGCUGACCCACUAAGGAUUACAUUGGCUGAUCUGCUAGCCUGUAAACAAGGUGGGACGGUAGCCAGCAUGCUUAUAGAUGUCCGUGGAUUUUGGGCACACGACAAUAGGGAAAAUCUUCUCCAAGAAGAAGAACCUGAAGAGGAAUAGCAACCACGUCUGUUAUAUUGCCACCAUCUAUACUAACAGAGAACUAGUCUUCAAGCUCAGGUUGGAUUGUUAUGAGAUGUAUCAUGCUACAUUGCUGCUAAUUUUAAUAUAUGUUUUGUGUUUGAUUAAUUGUAUUCAAUGGUAGAAGAAACUGACAGAACUGUUUUGAAGAAAACACUUCUGUCAUUGAUUGGUAAAUUGCUCUGUAAUAAAAACAGAAUGAGUGCAUAUCAAGUUUAUUUCUUCUUUUUGGUCACCCACUUCAAGUUUAU